AUGAAUAAUUGUAAGAAGUCAGAAAGAAAUUAUUGUUUAAAAUGUUUAAAUGGAUAUAAAAUAGAAAAUAAUAAAUGUGUUAAAGAUAAAGAAGAAUGUUAUUAUGAAGGAAAUGAAUGUGUUUCAUGUUCAAAUGAAUAUACAUUAAAUAAUGGAACAUGUGAAAGUAAAGAAAAUAAAAAUGGAAAGAAUGAAGAAAUAUAUUGUGAAAAUGGAAAAUACAUCAAGAAUAAUAAAUGUAUAGAAUGUACAGAAUCAGCAAUAUGUAAUUCAGAUGAUAUUGAAUUAAAAUGUAAAGAUAACCAACAAUUAGAUAAUAAUAAAUGUAUAAAUGAAACACGUGAAGAAGGAAAGAUAAAAGAUCAAAAUGGAAAAUGUAAUUCCAAUAUUUCAAAUUGUUCAAAUGAAUCAUAUGUUAAUGGAAAAUAUGUUGAAUGUUUAACAACAUAUUCACUUAAUUCAAAAGGAGAAUGUAUUAAUACAACAAUAGAAAAUUGUGAAGAACAAAAUACAUAUGGAUGUAAACGAUGUUCAGAUGGAUAUUAUUUAACAACAAAUAUGAAAUGUUCAAAAUGUGAUGAUAAUUGUAAAACAUGUUUUAGUUCAGCUAUAUAUUAUAUGAGUUGUUCUAGUGAUAAAUAUUUAAGUAGUAAUAGAACAUGUCAAUCAAAUAAUGAAUUAAAUGGAACAUGUUUACAACUAUUAGCAGAUGGAAGUGGAUGUGGAAUAUGUAAUAAAGGAUAUCAUAGAAAUGGAAAAGGAUGUUUAGAAUGUGGAGAAAAAUGUUCAACAUGCAAUCAAAAAGAUAAAUGUAUAACAUGUGCAGAUGGAUAUUUCAUGAGUUGGAUAGGAGAAUGUAAAUCAAUAGACGAAGUUAAAGGAUGUAAAGGAGAAAUAGAUAAAGAAUAUGGAUGUAGAGAAUGUUCAGAAGGAUAUUAUUUAAUAAAUAAAGAAUGUUCAAAAUGUAAAGAGAAUUGUACAAGAUGUUCAACAGAGAAUGAAUGUAAUAGUUGUGAAAAUGAAUAUGUAUUAACAAAUAAAGAAUGUAUUUACUAUUUAGAUAUUAAUAAAUGUAAAGAAGUAAAGAAUAAUAAAUGUUGGAAAUGUUCAUUUUGGUAUGGAACGAAUGAAGAAGGAAAUGAAUGUAAUAAAGAAGUAGUAUGGUGGAUGAUAAUGAUAAUUGUCAUUAUUAUAGUUAUUAUCAUUAUUAUAACAAUUGUAAUGAUAAUAAUGAUUACUAAUUACAUAAUGAAGAGAAGAGAAAAGAAAAAACAAGAGAAGUUAUAG